AUGGCAGCAAUACGAGAAAACUGGUGGGUGCCUCAUCUGCGCUCCAAAGUGAAGAAAGUUAUAAAGAAAUGCAACACGUGUAAAGUCUUCUCAGCUAAGCCGUAUGGAGCACCGACGACGGCCCCGUUACCGGAGUUUAGAACCAACGAAAGUAAACCAUUCCAAGUUACAGGGGUGGAUUUCGCAGGGCCCUUGAUUUGCAAAGUGGGAAAGAACGAGACCGAGAAAUGUUACGUGGUUGUAUUUACAUGCGCAACAUCGAGAGCACUUCACCUCGAACUAACACAUUCACAGACAGCCGAAGAGUUCCAAGAAAAACUAAAUUCCUUUAUCACAAGAAGGACAAGACCUCGGCGAAUAGUCUCAGACAACGCGACAGUAUUCAAAGCAACAGCGUCGUGGAUAAAGAGAAUAAGGAAGAGCGAAAAGUUGCAUAACUAUCUGGCUACCCAAGAGAUCCACUGGACAUUUAACCUUGCGAAAUCUCCAUGGUGGGGAGGGAUCUACGAACGCUUGAUACAAGAGUUGAAGAAAACCCUGUACAAGACCCUGGGCAAAACACACCUGACAUACCACCAACUUCAAACGGUUAUAAUGGAUAUCGAACGAAAUCUGAACAAUCGCCCACUGACUUAUGUUGAAAGCGAUCAUAGCGAAGAACAAGUUCUGACACCGAACGUGAUCCUCUGGGGACAAAAUGCAUGCACGAUCGAACCUGAUGAAACCUUUGAUGACGAAAUAAGUAAAGUACAAAAACGGUUAGAAGUCGCGAAACAACAUGCGUGGUCAAGAUGGCGAAAAGAAUAUGUGCACGGACUAAUGGAAUAUCACCGAGUUAACAAGAGCCGUAACGAAGUACCACAGAUUGGGGAGGUUGUCCUUAUUGUGGGUGAAAAAAAUAGAGGGAAAUGGAUGAAGGGGAGAGUCAUUAAAUACGUCACAGGGAAGGACAGAGUCAUCCGAGGAGCGAUAUUGUUGCACAAGGGGAACCACAUAGAGCGUCCGAUCCAAUUACUCUGUCCCUUAGAGAUUCGAAGUCCACUACAUGAAACGGAAGUACACAACGCAAGUACUGAAGAAGUCGGGGAAACACGAGAGAACCGGAAGAAGAGGCAGGCUGCAAAAGAUGCCGAACAAAGGAUUAAGGAAUGUUUACAGCAAGACGAUGAGUAG